AUGCUGGAUAUGGCAGAAGCAUUCAAAUUCAAGCUACUUCAAUCCACUCCUUAUUAUGCUCAAGCCAAUGGACAGGCAGAAUCAAGUAACAAGGUGAUCAUCAAAAUUAUCAGAAAAAUGCUUGAGAAAAAUCCAAAGCAAUGGCAUGAGAAGUUGUCAGAAACUCUGUGGGCAUAUAGAACUUCAAAAAGAGAAGCAACUGGCAUGACCCCCUAUGCUCUAACCUAUGGCCAUGAUGCAAUUCUGCCUAUGGAGAUAGCAGUCCAGUCCCUCAGAAUUGCUCAUCAACACAAUCUGGUUGGAGAGGACUACUCUCAAGCCAUGAUGCUAGAACUGGAAGGAUUGGAUGCGAGCAAGAUCGAUACCCUUAACAAACUCUUAGCAAGAAAGCAGGCUGUAUCAAGAGCCUACAACAAAAGAGUUAAAAACAAGAGUUUUGAAGAGGGAGAAAUAGUCUGGAAAGCAGUUCUGCCCCUUAGAACACAUAUAGCUGGUUAUGGAAAGUGGUCACCUACAUGGGAAGGUUCUUUCAUAAUUAAUCAGAUCCGUGGAAUGGGGGCAUACAGAUUACAGGAUCGAGAUGGAGAAGUUCAUGCUGCGCCAAUUAAUGGCAAGUGGUUGAAGAAAUUUUAUCAAACUAUGUGGGAUUCACAGGUUAUGCAAACAGAUCCUGGAAUAGAGAGGCAACAAAUUGAAAGUGUUACCUAA